AAUGCUGCUGCUGCUGCACAAAGCUAUGAUUCCAGGGCUCCGAAAGGCCUCCACACUCAGGUUGACCUCAAGGCUCUGCAUUCGGGCUUGUUCUACAGAUGAUUCAUUUCGGCCUCAGCACCCCAGCUUCACCUUCUCUGAUGAUAACUCUGCCAGCAGGGGCUGGGGGAUCAUGGGGACCCUGCUGGGCCUCAGUGCAGUGUUAGCCUAUCAUGAAUGUCGGUGCAGGGCUGCUCAGGAGUCAUCACGCAUAUACACGAGGGAGGAAGUAAGCUCCCAUCGCAGCCCUAAGACUGGGAUCUGGGUGACUUUGGGCCAUGAGGUCUUUGAUGUCACAGAAUUUGUGGACCUACACCCAGGGGGGCCAUCAAAGCUGAUGCUAGCAGCUGGGGGUCCUCUGGAGCCUUUCUGGGCCCUCUAUGCUGUUCACAACCAGCCCCAAGUGCGUGAGAUACUGGCUCAGUACAAAAUCGGGGAACUGAACCCUGAAGAUAAGGUGUCCCCCAGCUUGGAGACCUCUGACCCUUAUGCUAGUGAUCCUCCACGUCACCCAGCUCUGAAGGUCAAUAGCCAGCGCCCCUUUAAUGCAGAGCCCCCCCCUGAGCUGCUGACAGAAAACUAUAUCACACCCAAUCCUCUCUUCUUUACUCGGAACCAUCUGCCUGUACCCAACGUGGACCGAGACACCUAUCGCCUGCACAUAGUAGGGCCACCUGGGAGUCAAUCACUGUCCCUGUCCUUGGACGAUUUGUACCAAUUCCCCAAGCAUGAGGUCACAGUUACUCUGCAGUGUGCUGGCAACCGACGCUCUGAGAUGACUAAGGUCAAAGAAGUAAAAGGUUUGGAGUGGAAGAUAGGAGCCAUAAGCACUGCACGCUGGGCUGGGGCACGGCUCUGUGAUGUGUUAGCCCAGGCUGGUCACCGCCUCUCUAAAACUGAGGCCCAUGUUUGCUUUGAGGGGCUAGACUCAGACCCCACUGGAACUGCCUAUGGAGCAUCUAUCCCUCUGGCUCGGGCCUUGGACCCUGAAGCUGAAGUCCUGUUGGCAUAUGAGAUGAAUGGGCAGCCUCUGCCUCGGGACCACGGCUUCCCUGUGCGGGUGGUGGUUCCUGGUGUGGUGGGUGCCCGUCAUGUGAAGUGGCUGGGCAAAGUGAGCGUGGAGCCAGAGGAAAGUGACAGCCAUUGGCAACGGCGGGAUUACAAAGGCUUCUCGCCAUCAAUGGACUGGGAUACUGUAGAUUUUGACUCGGCUCCAUCUAUUCAAGAACUUCCUAUCCAGUCUGCCAUCACAGAGCCCCAGGAUGGGGAAACGAUACAGUCUGGGGAGGUGACUGUGAAGGGCUACGCAUGGAGUGGUGGUGGCAGGGCUGUGGUCCGGGUGGAUGUAUCUCUGGAUGGGGGCAUAACCUGGCAGGUGGCUGAGCUGGAUAAAGAGGAACAGUGCCCCCGGAAAGCCUGGGCCUGGCGGCUAUGGCAGCUGCGAGCUCCCGUGCCUGCUGGACAAAAAGAAUUGAAUAUUGUUUGUAAGGCUGUGGAUGACAGCUACAAUGUGCAGCCAGACACUGUGGCCCCAAUCUGGAACCUGCGAGGUGUGCUCAGCAAUGCCUGGCACCGGGUCCACGUCCAUGUCACCCCAUGAGAACGUGGAACGGAGCCAUCUACACCCC